GUUUUCAAGACCUUCCUGGGUUGUCAAGAAAACAUUAUGUGACCUUGAGCAUCGUCAGGAGAUAUCUGGAUUUCAAGGUCGGGGAGGUGUGGGAAGAGAUCAUCAGGGAGCUGAGUUUGGACGGCGUGAGGCCGAUAACCCCCGACGAGGAGGUUCUGAGUACGAUCCAUAAGAUUGCAGAGGACACAGCGAGGAGGGUCGCAGCAGAACAAAACAGCAUCCUGGAGCAGCAGGAGAAGGAGGACAUCGCAGAGGAGGAGCUCAUGUACACUGAGAUUAAGUCUCACUGGAAGCAGCAGGAGCUCACAGCCAAGUCAUGGGACAAUUACGUCGCCAGGACUUCAAACUAUGAGAUCCUGAAGGAAAUAAAAGCACAGAGGGAGAAAUAUACUGAAUCAUCCAAAUCAAAGCAUGAGGAUGCUGCAGUUCAUCCCACACAG